CCCUUUGUUUUUAAUCCAAAUUCCAACUUUUCGUCACAGAUAAAAAAAAUCCAAAGUUCUCGUUCUCUAACAUCAAGAGCCGACGGUGAUAUAGUGAUCCGAUCCAUCCCAUCUGAUGAUUAGUUUCCAAUCAAAGCAUCAGUCGCAAUUCAAUUUCUCAAUUCUCCUUACUUCCGAUGCUUUCUUUAUAAUUUGCUUUAAUUGCUUAAGAUUUCGCCUCAAAAUCUGAUUGUAUCUUCCCCUUGUUUUGAUCAAAACCCUAAAUCCGUUACAUUUCUACUUUAUUUUUUUUAAAAAAAGUCAAAAUUUUCAAUGGCUGAUCGGAAUAGAUCAUUUUCUAUUGAUGAUUUACCGUCGCAUCUAAUUAUAGAGAUUUUGACAUCCGGUAAACGGUUAAGUGCCGUUGACCUAGUGUCGCUGGAGCUUGCUUCGAGAACAUUCGGAGGGAGUCACGGUGUUUAUCCGACGAAAUGCAGGUCGUUGGUUGAUUUAGCGGCGUUUCAGUUAUGCACGACGAAUGGGAUUUAUAUAGGGUUGAGUUGCAGUAGUCAACGGGACGUUUUUGAACGGUGUGACGGGAACUGGAAGCGCGUUUUGAGGUUUUUACAAUCAGUGGAGCAAUCGUCAGACAUGAUGCAGGUAACAACCGGAAGGUACCACACAUUGCUAAUUAGGAACUCAUCAGUGUAUUCUUGUGGUUCCAGUCUGUGUGGUGUCCUCGGACAUGGUCCUGAAACAACACAAUGUGUAGCAUUUACGAGGAUUAACUUCCCUUCUCCAGCUAAUGUGAUUCAGGUGUCAGCUUCUCAGAAUCAUGCUGCAUUUGUUUUGCAGUCUGGAGAGGUUUUUACAUGUGGAGACAAUUCAUCCUUUUGUUGUGGCCACAGAGAUACAAGCCGCCCCAUCUUUAGACCAAGGCUUGUUGAAGCAAUGAAAGGAAUUCCUUGUAAACAGGUAGCUGCUGGACUGAAUUUUACUGUGUUUCUUACAAGACAAGGGCAUGUUUAUACAUGUGGAACUAACACACAUGGGCAGUUGGGUCAUGGUGACACUCAAGACCGAUCAACCCCCAAAAUGGUUGAACUGCUUGAGAGAGUUGGUUCUGUAGUUCAGAUUGCUGCUGGCCCAAGCUAUGUUUUAGCUGUAGCAGACAAUGGAAUAGUCUAUUCUUUUGGUUCUGGUUCUAACUUUUGCCUUGGCCAUGGAGAGCAGCAAAAUGAAUUCCACCCACGUGCUAUCCAGACAUUUAAGAGAAAGGGUAUUCAUGUUCUCCGUGUCUCUGCUGGUGAUGAGCAUGUUGUGGCAGUUGAUUCAAGUGGAUAUGUGUAUACCUGGGGAAAAGGUUACUGUGGUGAAUUAGGCCAUGGAGAUGAAAUCGACAAGACUCUUCCAGAACACUUGAUCAUCCUUAAGAGUCAGCUUGCUGUUCAGGUUUGUGCAAGAAAGAGGAAAACAUUUGUUCUGGUUGAUGGUGGUUUUGUCUAUGGCUUUGGGUGGAUGGGAUUUGGCAGUCUAGGUUUUCCGGAUAGGGGUUUAUCGGACAAAAUUAUGAGACCUAGAAUCCUUAAUUGCUUGAGAGGUCACCACGUUUCACAGGUUAGUACAGGUCUGUACCACACUGUGGUGGUAACUCACCAGGGGAGGGUGUUUGGAUUUGGGGACAAUGAGAGAGCACAACUUGGUCAUGACACAUUGAGAGGUUGUCUCGAACCUUCCGAGAUUUUUAUUCAUGAAAUGGAAGACGAAACAACUCUUUUUUCACAAAGCAGAUGAAAUGCAAUUAAUUACAUCUGUUUUUA